AUGGGUCUUCAUCCCAUUACCAGCCUACCAUCAACCCUCUUCACCAUCUUCACAACCCUAACCAUCAAUCAUGUCCUCCCAGUCCAAGCAACACCCCAACAGCAAUCCUCAAAGGCCAGCAUCUUCCACGUCCGCCACGUCGACAACCUCAAUCUAAAUCCCCCCCUACCCAAACCCACACCUCCCGCCGAGCUCCUCCCCCUCCAACAUGCCAAAGAACCCAUCACCAUCUCAACCAUAACCAUAACCAUCACCGCAACCACAACCCCUUCAAACACCCCAGCUUCUUCCUCCGCCCCUUCCUUCCUGAACCCUGCCCUCUUCACCUCCGCCCUCCUCAACUCCACCAACUUUUAUCGUGCUCAACACAACGCCUCUGCAGUCAUCUACAACGACACGCUCUCUUCUUUUGCUUCCCACUACCUCGACAAACUUGGCCUCCUUUCUUCUUCUUCUUCUUCUUCUUCUUCUUCUUCCUCCUCCGCCAAAUCGAAAUCGAAAUCCAGUUCCACCACCACCAAAUGCGAACUAACCCACUCCCAAGGUCCCUACGGCGAGAACCUCGCUUUGGGGUGUUCCGACGUCCAGUCCUGCGUGGAGAUGUGGGGCAACGAGCGAGCCAAGUACGAUUUUGGAAGCCAGGCAAAGUUUGGGGAAGAUACGGGUCAUUUUACCCAGUUGGUGUGGAAGGAUACGACUGAUGUAGGGUGCGCGGCGAGGUGGUGCCAGGGGUGGAAUGCGGGAAGGGGAGGAUGGUAUUUGGUCUCACAGCGAAGCAUCGGUAUCGAUAACGACACGAGUUGGAUACCGCCUACUUUGUCGCCAACGAUGUCUCGGUUUCCGCUCACGGCAUAUUCAUCCCCGUCGGAAUCCGCGAUCCACGUCUUACAAACAACCUCAAACAUAUGCCCAUAUGGAUCAACCACAUAA